AUUCACACUGCUACAUGAGAUAGCAAAAUAAUUAUCAAUGAUUGCAUUAGUACUAUUAAAUCGUUGGAAUGUUUUUAUUUGUGUGACAUGUUGAAUGCUGAGUCAAACGGGGAUUUACUCAUUGCUUAACUCAUGAAUCAACAUAAAUAUGAAUACAUUUCUGUUUUCACGUUUAUUUUCAAAAGCGAGCCUUUAGAUAAGUAUUAGCAAUGUAUUCUCAAGCUGUGGUUCUGUUUCUAUGUGCCUUUAAUGUGAUGAGUGCAACAGCUGAUGAUACUUGUCCUCCCAUAGUCUCAAGAAAAGAAUGGGGUGCAGUGCCUGCGAAAAGUGUGCAACCGUUAAGUAAAAAUCCACCACCAUACGUUGUAGUGCACCACUCUGCUAGUCAAAUCUGCACUGAUGAAGAAUCCUGCAAACGAUACGUACGCAGCGUACAACACUUCCAUAUGGAUAUUAGAGGCUGGGAAGACAUUGGCUAUAAUUUUCUGAUUGGAGGAGAUGGAAAAGUUUACGAGGGCCGUGGCUGGGGAAUUCAUGGUGCACAUGACAAAAGACACAAUUCUGUGAGCUUAGGAGUCAGUCUUAUUGGAAACUUUCAAGAAACCGAGCCUUUGCUCAUCCAACUAGAAACACUGAAGAAUUUACUAGAAUGUGGAGUCAACACUAACAGGAUCCAAAAAGAAUACCGUAUGAUUGGUCAUAGGCAGUCUACGCCUACACUUUGUCCAGCUUGAAAGUCCCCUGCUGCUUGAUUAAUUGGAGUAUAUGAAAAUGAGCGGAAAAGAAAUCACGUGCCGAUGUUCAGCAUCUUAUAUUUUUGUCGGAGAGUAUCAUGUAGCGGCAGCAUACUUCUCCUACGCACAAUUCUGUCAGUCAUUGUGUCGGCUUCAUCUGACGUUGUUGCUAGACGUUAAGAAAAUUAUAAGGUGUGCUUUAUUUGGAAUUCCAAUCAAAAUAAAUGUGAAUAUGUAUACGUAUGAUAAUUAGUGGUGUGAAAUAUUCUAUAUUUACAUCGAUGGAGAAGUAUGCCAUUAUUAUCCUCUUGGCGAUAUGCACCUCACGAUAUUAAGGUGGUCGCCCAAUAAUGGCAUUUUUCUCCACCAAAUUAUGAAAUGUACUAUUUUUUUGUCUCUCCUGUAUCCUGUGGACGGCGCAAGCUCAAUGCAUAAAAACCGAACUGUCAAAAAUCUAAUAAGUGAAUAAUAAAUCCACAUUUAUUGACUUAACAACUGACUAAGUGACAUUCUAGUCCUUCGUUAUUUAAAAACGGAAGCUUAACUUUUUCUAGAAUAACUUAUGAUUAUCUGUAUGAUUUUCAUUCACUACUAACCUGAGAAGUGGCCAUUAUUUACCGCAUUUAGCUUAUAAAAAGACAAUACACUUCUCCCACUAGGUAAAAAAUUAUAAAGAAAAAGUUCCUGGAUAAACAAUGAAUGUGUGCAUUCAUGUAGAGCUUAUUUGGCUUAUUGGGCAUAGAAGUGUUACACUAUAUCAAUUUUUGAAUAUUAAUAAAUAUUUCUUGUUUACCUGAAGUCAGUACAGUAUUUUUAUAAUUUAAACUGUUGUCGUUAAUCUUCUAUCUUUGUCGCACUCUGUCAUGUAGCAACAGAGUCCUCUCCUACGCAAAGUCCUGCCAUGCAGACAUUUCAUGGGCUUCAUGCGGACAGUGCUACCGGACAAAAUUAAAAAAACUAUUCAGAUAUGCUACGUUCCACUCUAAUCUAAAUGUGGUAAUAGUAGUGAAAAAGUUCUACUUUUGCCUCGGUGUAGAAGGCCUUUAUUGUCCUCAUCUAUCUAUAUAAAAACGAAUCCCUAUUUCGCGUGGUCACGCCAUAACUUGAGAACGACUUUACCGAUUUCAUUCGUUUUUUUUAAGCUUCUUAAUACUGUAUAGAAGGCUCUUACGGAAAUAAAAAUCUAGAAAAUUGCCCCGGAAAUUGGGAAAUCAUUGAAAACAUAGUGAUUAUUUGAGCUACGUGCGCUUGAGCAUGGAGCACUCACACCAGAAGAAAUAUCUCAAGUAUCAAAGGCACUUCUCUCACCAUCUUUAUUCCAACAGCUAUUAUCAGUUAGCUAUGUGAGUGAAAUUUGUUAAUGAAAACCCGGUGCUUUCGUUUUUGGACUUUCAUUUCUUUACCAUCCGUACUUUAUGAUGGCCACGUCAAAAGAAACUGCGUGUUGCCUAAUUGCUAUUUUUGUCAGCCAAAUCUAUAAAUGAAAAUGGCAGAUGAAACUACGUUUCUUUUAUUUAAUUUAUAUUAUCGUUUAAUAGUGUUUAUCGAUGAAAACAUAUUUUUUAUUCAAUUUGUAGUGCACAGUCCAUUCGAUUAGUACUUUCAUCGAGUUUUCAGUUUGUUCAGUGAGUUUUUGACAAGUAUUUGCUCAAGAAUAAUUCACAAGUGUGGGAGUUAGUUCACCGGAAUCACACCUUAUAUUAAAAUUGUGAUUCUUCAAAAUGCCACUAAUUAGACGUAUGUACCAACCUACGUCGCAAAACUACAAAGAAGUUAAACUGACAAGCAACGAGAAGCGGGAAAUGAAGUUGAACGGGAUCGAAGGACUAAUAUUUAACAACGUAGAAGUGACGUAUGGAAUAGUACCAAUCGAGCCGCAGUCAGUUAUGACAUGGCAAUCGAUUACAGUUCACAACAAAUCGUUGCUAUUGGACCAAUGAACGUUGUGCGUCCACAUUGGAAGGCUUUCAAGUUUAAAAAGGAAGCCCCUGGAUUAUGUUGCGUCAGUAUAAAUGUCAAAGUGUCUCCAUUGGUAUUAUCACCAGAGCCACAACAUUCAUUGGUUUCCGGAAAUGGGAGGGAUUCUAUACAUUUUUUGACUCAUAUCCAGCAAUACAAUAAUUGCUUUCAAAUGACGUCAUUUGGCGGAACAAAAGUCAUUCGAAAUAAUUGUAUGCCUACUUUCAAGGUAAGGUGAUGGGGGAAUGGCAAUGCUGCCAAUGUAUUUUGCUAGCCACAUGGUGGUAUAUGCCAUAUUUUAUUUACCCGUUCAUUAAUCAUUAUUCAUCCCUGUUUAUAGUUAAGACAGGACAAUUAUACUCAUCGGCGCUAUGUGCCUCAGGAUAUAAAAAUGCUCGGUCAACAAUGGCAUACCUCGGCACCAAGGUAUAUAAUAGUUUAUUUUAUUCCGUAUCACCUAGUGAUUUGGAAAAAAAUUAACGAAAUAAGAUUUUGCGCAAAUAUUGUUUCUUGUUUGGCAACAAUUCAUUCCCACGAGCAGAGAUGAAGCCACAUAAACGCAAGUCGAGCACGACGUUGCCACACCUUGUGAUAUUGUUUUCUUAAAUCGAGAGCUUAAGAUAUUGUUCUGCAAAAAUGAGAAAAUCAAAAUGUCUUGCGAAUAUUAUUUUUUUUGGAACAAAAUUAAGCACUGG